AUCUCUUGCCCACACCAUCCCUUGACUCAAGUCUUCUCCCUUGACUGAGGGAUUGAUCUUUUUCUCUUGAAGUUUCUUUCGUCUUAGGCUUGUAGCUUGUUCUUUUGCUUUAGGAGUCAGCCCACAUUCCUCUCUCACCACCGUCUAACCUACCAAUCCCUCCACUACGUACCCGAUUAUCAACAAGGGAAAUGGCUUAUUUCAUGUCUUCAAAUGGUUCUAGCUCCUCUUGGACGCCCAAACAAAACAAGCUGUUUGAGAAGGCACUGGCUGUCUAUGACAAAGACACGCCAGACCGCUGGCAAAAUGUGGCCAAGGCUGUGGGUGGCAAGUCAGCAGAAGAAGUUAAGAUGCACUACGAUCGUCUUGUGGAGGAUCUUACAUAUAUAGAAUCCGGCCAAGCUCCACUGCCAAACUACAAGCCCUCAGGGAGCAAUAGUAGAGGGCUUGCUGAGGAGCAGAGGCUUAUGAGGAAUUUAAAGCUGCAAUGAAGCGCCGAAGGGUCCAGAUCUGUAAAAACUAUAUGCAUGCAAGACUAAGUACUAAAAAAGAAGUGAAUCUACUUGCUGGUUCUGGUUCUGUCCAGGCUUAGUUACUGUAGUAAUAAUGAAAGCAACGUGUACAAGUCAUGUGUUAUCACACUUCUGAAGCUUGUACGUACGAUGCAUCUACUUUAAUGAUGUUGUCUCCUGUUAUAUAAACUAUAAAGUACUGUGUUCUAUAA